AUGUACCAUUCGAGGAAGCUGUCGAGUUCCAGCCUGACAAGCCAGCCCAAGAAGCAGAUCACCAAGAAACGUGUCAUCAAGAAAAAGACCGGAAAGAAGGAACAAGUUACGGAGAUCGUCACUGUUCAAGAAGACGACCAGCUACCACAGACGACUGUGACUGUCACUGAAUCUGAAGUGCCAUUCGAGGAAGCUGUCGAGUUCCAGCCUCACAAGUUCGCUCCUCAAGAAGCAGUAGUCCAAGAGCUUCCAGAGGAAGUCAAGGUGACUGAAAUCAUCACUGAGGAAGGCAAGCCCAAGAAGCAGAUCACCAAGAAACGUGUCAUCAAGAAAAAGACCGGAAAGAAGGAACAAGUUACGGAGAUCGUCACUGUUCAAGAAGACGACCAGCUACCACAGACGACUGUGACUGUUACUGAAUCUGAUGUACCAUUCGAGGAAGCUGUCGAGUUCCAGCCUCACAAGAUCACUCCUCAAGAAGCCGUAGUCCAAGAGCUUCCAGAGGAAGUCAAGGUGACUGAAAUCAUCACUGAGGAAGGCCAGCCCAAGAAGCAGAUCACCAAGAAACGUGUCAUCAAGAAAAAGACCGGAAAGAAGGAACAAGUUACGGAGAUCGUCACUGUUCAAGAAGACGACCAGCUACCACAGACGACUGUGACUGUCACUGAAUCUGAAGUGCCAUUCGAGGAAGCUGUCGAGUUCCAGCCUCACAAGUUCGCUCCUCAAGAAGCAGUAGUCCAAGAGCUUCCAGAGGAAGUCAAGGUGACUGAAAUCAUCACUGAGGAAGGCCAGCCCAAGAAGCAGAUCACCAAGAAACGUGUCAUCAAGAAAAAGACCGGAAAGAAGGAACAAGUUACGGAGAUCGUCACUGUUCAAGAAGACGACCAGCUACCACAGACGACUGUGACUGUCACUGAAUCUGAAGUGCCAUUCGAGGAAGCUGUCGAGUUCCGGCCACACAAGAUCACUCCUCAAGAAGCCGUAGUCCAAGAGCUUCCAGAGGAAGUCAAGGUGACUGAAAUCAUCACUGAGGAAGGCAAGCCCAAGAAGCAGAUCACCAAGAAACGUGUCAUCAAGAAAAAGACCGGAAAGAAGGAACAAGUUACGGAGAUCGUCACUGUUCAAGAAGACGACCAGCUACCACAGACGACUGUGACUGUUACUGAAUCUGAUGUACCAUUCGAGGAAGCUGUCGAGUUCCAGCCUCACAAGAUCACUCCUCAAGAAGCCGUAGUCCAAGAGCUUCCAGAGGAAGUCAAGGUGACUGAAAUCAUCACUGAGGAAGGCCAGCCCAAGAAGCAGAUCACCAAGAAACGUGUCAUCAAGAAAAAGACCGGAAAGAAGGAACAAGUUACGGAGAUCGUCACUGUUCAAGAAGACGACCAGCUACCACAGACGACUGUGACUGUCACUGAAUCUGAAGUGCCAUUCGAGGAAGCUGUCGAGUUCCAGCCUCACAAGUUCGCUCCUCAAGAAGCAGUAGUCCAAGAGCUUCCAGAGGAAGUCAAGGUGACUGAAAUCAUCACUGAGGAAGGCAAGCCCAAGAAGCAGAUCACCAAGAAACGUGUCAUCAAGAAAAAGACCGGAAAGAAGGAACAAGUUACGGAGAUCGUCACUGUUCAAGAAGACGACCAGCUACCACAGACGACUGUGACUGUUACUGAAUCUGAUGUACCAUUCGAGGAAGCUGUCGAGUUCCAGCCUGACAAGUUCGCUCCCCAAGAAGCCGUAGUCCAAGAGCUUCCAGAGGAAGUCAAGGUGACUGAAAUCAUAACUGAGGAAGGCCAGCCCAAGAAACAGAUCACCAAGAAACGUGUCAUCAAGAAAAAGACCGGAAAGAAGGAACAAGUUACGGAGAUCGUCACUGUUCAAGAAGACGACCAGCUACCACAGACGACUGUGACUGUCACUGAAUCUGAAGUGCCAUUCGAGGAAGCUGUCGAGUUCCGGCCACACAAGAUCACUCCUCAAGAAGCCGUAGUCCAAGAGCUUCCAGAGGAAGUCAAGGUGACUGAAAUCAUCACUGAGGAAGGCAAGCCCAAGAAGCAGAUCACCAAGAAACGUGUCAUCAAGAAAAAGACCGGAAAGAAGGAACAAGUUACGGAGAUCGUCACUGUUCAAGAAGACGACCAGCUACCACAGACGACUGUGACUGUCACUGAAUCUGAAGUGCCAUUCGAGGAAGCUGUCGAGUUCCAGCCUCACAAGUUCGCUCCUCAAGAAGCCGUAGUCCAAGAGCUUCCAGAGGAAGUCAAGGUGACUGAAAUCAUCACUGAGGAAGGCAAGCCCAAGAAGCAGAUCACCAAGAAACGUGUCAUCAAGAAAAAGACCGGAAAGAAGGAACAAGUUACGGAGAUCGUCACUGUUCAAGAAGACGACCAGCUACCACAGACGACUGUGACUGUUACUGAAUCUGAUGUACCAUUCGAGGAAGCUGUCGAGUUCCAGCCUCACAAGUUCGCUCCUCAAGAAGCCGUAGUCCAAGAGCUUCCAGAGGAAGUCAAGGUGACUGAAAUCAUCACUGAGGAAGGCCAGCCCAAGAAGCAGAUCACCAAGAAACGUGUCAUCAAGAAAAAGACCGGAAAGAAGGAACAAGUUACGGAGAUCGUCACUGUUCAAGAAGACGACCAGCUACCACAGACGACUGUGACUGUCACUGAAUCUGAAGUGCCAUUCGAGGAAGCUGUCGAGUUCCAGCCUCACAAGUUCGCUCCUCAAGAAGCAGUAGUCCAAGAGCUUCCAGAGGAAGUCAAGGUGACUGAAAUCAUCACUGAGGAAGGCAAGCCCAAGAAGCAGAUCACCAAGAAACGUGUCAUCAAGAAAAAGACCGGAAAGAAGGAACAAGUUACGGAGAUCGUCACUGUUCAAGAAGACGACCAGCUACCACAGACGACUGUGACUGUUACUGAAUCUGAUGUACCAUUCGAGGAAGCUGUCGAGUUCCUGCCUCACAAAAUCACUCCUCAAGAAGCAGUAGUCCAAGAGCUUCCAGAGGAAGUCAAGGUGACUGAAAUCAUCACUGAGGAAGGCCAGCCCAAGAAGCAGAUCACCAAGAAACGUGUCAUCAAGAAAAAGACCGGAAAGAAGGAACAAGUUACGGAGAUCGUCACUGUUCAAGAAGACGACCAGCUACCACAGACGACUGUGACUGUCACUGAAUCUGAAGUGCCAUUCGAGGAAGCUGUCGAGUUCCAGCCUCACAAGUUCGCUCCUCAAGAAGCAGUAGUCCAAGAGCUUCCAGAGGAAGUCAAGGUGACUGAAAUCAUCACUGAGGAAGGCCAGCCCAAGAAGCAGAUCACCAAGAAACGUGUCAUCAAGAAAAAGACCGGAAAGAAGGAACAAGUUACGGAGAUCGUCACUGUUCAAGAAGACGACCAGCUACCACAGACGACUGUGACUGUCACUGAAUCUGAAGUGCCAUUCGAGGAAGCUGUCGAGUUCCAGCCUCACAAGUUCGCUCCUCAAGAAGCAGUAGUCCAAGAGCUUCCAGAGGAAGUCAAGGUGACUGAAAUCAUCACUGAGGAAGGCAAGCCCAAGAAGCAGAUCACCAAGAAACGUGUCAUCAAGAAAAAGACCGGAAAGAAGGAACAAGUUACGGAGAUCGUCACUGUUCAAGAAGACGACCAGCUACCACAGACGACUGUGACUGUAACUGAAUCUGAUGUACCAUUCGAGGAAGCUGUCGAGUUCCAGCCUGACAAGUUCGCUCCUCAAGAAGCCGUAGUCCAAGAGCUUCCAGAGGAAGUCAAGGUGACUGAAAUCAUCACUGAGGAAGGCCAGCCCAAGAAGCAGAUCACCAAGAAACGUGUCAUCAAGAAAAAGACCGGAAAGAAGGAACAAGUUACGGAGAUCGUCACUGUUCAAGAAGACGACCAGCUACCACAGACGACUGUGACUGUCACUGAAUCUGAAGUGCCAUUCGAGGAAGCUGUCGAGUUCCAGCCUCACAAGUUCGCUCCUCAAGAAGCAGUAGUCCAAGAGCUUCCAGAGGAAGUCAAGGUGACUGAAAUCAUCACUGAGGAAGGCAAGCCCAAGAAGCAGAUCACCAAGAAACGUGUCAUCAAGAAAAAGACCGGAAAGAAGGAACAAGUUACGGAGAUCGUCACUGUUCAAGAAGACGAUCAGCUACCACAGACGACUGUGACUGUUACUGAAUCUGAUGUACCAUUCGAGGAAGCUGUCGAGUUCCAGCCUGACAAGUUCGCUCCCCAAGAAGCCGUAGUCCAAGAGCUUCCAGAGGAAGUCAAGGUGACUGAAAUCAUAACUGAGGAAGGCCAGCCCAAGAAACAGAUCACCAAGAAACGUGUCAUCAAGAAAAAGACCGGAAAGAAGGAACAAGUUACGGAGAUCGUCACUGUUCAAGAAGACGACCAGCUACCACAGACGACUGUGACUGUCACUGAAUCUGAAGUGCCAUUCGAGGAAGCUGUCGAGUUCCGGCCACACAAGAUCACUCCUCAAGAAGCCGUAGUCCAAGAGCUUCCAGAGGAAGUCAAGGUGACUGAAAUCAUCACUGAGGAAGGCAAGCCCAAGAAGCAGAUCACCAAGAAACGUGUCAUCAAGAAAAAGACCGGAAAGAAGGAACAAGUUACGGAGAUCGUCACUGUUCAAGAAGACGAUCAGCUACCACAGACGACUGUGACUGUUACUGAAUCUGAUGUACCAUUCGAGGAAGCUGUCGAGUUCCAGCCUGACAAGUUCGCUCCCCAAGAAGCCGUAGUCCAAGAGCUUCCAGAGGAAGUCAAGGUGACUGAAAUCAUCACUGAGGAAGGCCAGCCCAAGAAACAGAUCACCAAGAAACGUGUCAUCAAGAAAAAUACCGGAAAGAAGGAACAAGUUACGGAGAUCGUCACUGUUCAAGAAGACGACCAGCUACCACAGACGACUGUGACUGUCACUGAAUCUGAAGUGCCAUUCGAGGAAGCUGUCGAGUUCCAGCCUCACAAGUUCGCUCCUCAAGAAGCCGUAGUCCAAGAGCUUCCAGAGGAAGUCAAGGUGACUGAAAUCAUCACUGAGGAAGGCAAGCCCAAGAAGCAGAUCACCAAGAAACGUGUCAUCAAGAAAAAGACCGGAAAGAAGGAACAAGUUACGGAGAUCGUCACUGUUCAAGAAGACGACCAGCUACCACAGACGACUGUGACUGUUACUGAAUCUGAUGUACCAUUCGAGGAAGCUGUCGAGUUCCAGCCUCACAAGUUCGCUCCUCAAGAAGCCGUAGUCCAAGAGCUUCCAGAGGAAGUCAAGGUGACUGAAAUCAUCACUGAGGAAGGCCAGCCCAAGAAGCAGAUCACCAAGAAACGUGUCAUCAAGAAAAAGACCGGAAAGAAGGAACAAGUUACGGAGAUCGUCACUGUUCAAGAAGACGACCAGCUACCACAGACGACUGUGACUGUCACUGAAUCUGAAGUGCCAUUCGAGGAAGCUGUCGAGUUCCAGCCUCACAAGAUCACUCCUCAAGAAGCCGUAGUCCAAGAGCUUCCAGAGGAAGUCAAGGUGACUGAAAUCAUCACUGAGGAAGGCCAACCCAAGAAGCAGAUCACCAAGAAACGUGUCAUCAAGAAAAAGACCGGAAAGAAGGAACAAGUUACGGAGAUCGUCACUGUUCAAGAAGACGACCAGCUACCACAGACGACUGUGACUGUCACUGAAUCUGAAGUGCCAUUCGAGGAAGCUGUCGAGUUCCUGCCACACAAGAUCACUCCUCAAGAAGCAGUAGUCCAAGAGCUUCCAGAGGAAGUCAAGGUGACUGAAAUCAUCACUGAGGAAGGCAAGCCCAAGAAGCAGAUCACCAAGAAACGUGUCAUCAAGAAAAAGACCGGAAAGAAGGAACAAGUUACGGAGAUCGUCACUGUUCAAGAAGACGACCAGCUACCAAAUACGACUGUUACUGUCACUGAAUCUGAAGUGCCAUUCGAGGAAGCUGUCGAGUUCCAGCCUGACAAGUUCGCUCCUCAAGAAGCCGUAGUCCAAGAGCUUCCAGAGGAAGUCAAGGUGACCGAAAUCAUCACUGAGGAAGGCAAGCCCAAGAAGCAGAUCACCAAGAAACGUGUCAUCAAGAAAAAGACCGGAAAGAAGGAACAAGUUACGGAGAUCGUCACUGUUCAAGAAGACGACCAGCUACCACAGACGACUGUGACUGUCACUGAAUCUGAAGUGCCAUUCGAGGAAGCUGUCGAGUUCCGGCCACACAAGAUCACUCCUCAAGAAGCCGUAGUCCAAGAGCUUCCAGAGGAAGUCAAGGUGACUGAAAUCAUCACUGAGGAAGGCAAGCCCAAGAAGCAGAUCACCAAGAAACGUGUCAUCAAGAAAAAGACCGGAAAGAAGGAACAAGUUACGGAGAUCGUCACUGUUCAAGAAGACGACCAGCUACCACAGACGACUGUGACUGUCACUGAAUCUGAUGUACCAUUCGAGGAAGCUGUCGAGUUCCUGCCUCACAAAAUCACUCCUCAAGAAGCAGUAGUCCAAGAGCUUCCAGAGGAAGUCAAGGUGACUGAAAUCAUCACUGAGGAAGGCAAGCCCAAGAAACAGAUCACCAAGAAACGUGUCAUCAAGAAAAAGACCGGAAAGAAGGAACAAGUUACGGAGAUCGUCACUGUUCAAGAAGACGACCAGCUACCACAGACGACUGUGACUGUCACUGAAUCUGAAGUGCCAUUCGAGGAAGCUGUCGAGUUCCAGCCUCACAAGAUCACUCCUCAAGAAGCAGUAGUCCAAGAGCUUCCAGAGGAAGUCAAGGUGACUGAAAUCAUCACUGAGGAAGGCAAGCCCAAGAAGCAGAUCACCAAGAAACGUGUCAUCAAGAAAAAGACCGGAAAGAAGGAACAAGUUACGGAGAUCGUCACUGUUCAAGAAGACGACCAGCUACCACAGACGACUGUGACUGUCACUGAAUCUGAAGUGCCAUUCGAGGAAGCUGUCGAGUACCUGCCACACAAGAUCACUCCUCAAGAAGCAGUAGUCCAAGAGCUUCCAGAGGAAGUCAAGGUGACUGAAAUCAUCACUGAGGAAGGCCAGCCCAAGAUGCAGAUCUCCAAGAAACGUGUCAUCAAGAAAAAGACCGGAAAGAAGGAACAAGUUACGGAGAUCGUCACUGUUCAAGAAGACGACCAGCUACCACAGACGACUGUGACUGUCACUGAAUCUGAAGUGCCAUUCGAGGAAGCUGUCGAGUUCCGGCCACACAAGAUCACUCCUCAAGAAACCGUAGUCCAAGAGCUUCCAGAGGAAGUCAAGGUGACUGAAAUCAUCACUGAGGAAGGCCAGCCCAAGAAGCAGAUCACCAAGAAACGUGUCAUCAAGAAAAAGACCGGAAAGAAGGAACAAGUUACGGAGAUCGUCACUAUUCAAGAAGACGACCAGCUACCACAGACGACUGUGACUGUCACUGAAUCUGAAGUGCCAUUCGAGGAAGCUGUCGAGUUCCUGCCACACAAGAUCACUCCUCAAGAAGCAGUAGUCCAAGAGCUUCCAGAGGAAGUCAAGGUGACUGAAAUCAUCACUGAAGAAGGCAAGCCCAAGAAGCAGAUCACCAAGAAACGUGUCAUCAAGAAAAAGACCGGAAAGAAGGAACAAGUUACGGAGAUCGUCACUAUUCAAGAAGACGACCAGCUACCACAGACGACUGUGACUGUCACUGAAUCUGAAGUGCCAUUCGAGGAAGCUGUCGAGUUCCUGCCACACAAGUUCGCUCCUCAAAAAACCGUAGUCCAAGAGCUUCCAGAGGAAAUCAAGGUAACCGAAAUCAUCACUGAGGAAGGCAAGCCCAAGAAGCAGAUCACCAAGAAACGUGUCAUCAAGAAAAAGACCGGAAAGAAGGAACAAGUUACGGAGAUCGUCACUGUUCAAGAAGACGACCAGCUACCACAGACGACUGUGACUGUUACUGAAUCUGAAGUGCCAUUCGAGGAAGUUGUCGAGUUCCAGCCUCACAAGUUCGCUCCUCAAGAAGCCGUAGUCCAAGAGCUUCCAGAGGAAGUCAAGGUGACUGAAAUCAUCACUGAGGAAGGCCAGCCCAAGAAGCAGAUCACCAAGAAACGUGUCAUCAAGAAAAAGACCGGAAAGAAGGAACAAGUUACGGAGAUCGUCACUGUUCAAGAAGACGACCAGCUACCACAGACGACUGUGACUGUCACUGAAUCUGAAGUGCCAUUCGAGGAUGUUGUCGAGUUCCUGCCUCACAAGAUCAUUCCUCAAGAAGCCGUAGUCCAAGAGCUUCCAGAGGAAGUCAAGGUGACUGAAAUCAUCACUGAGGAAGGCAAGCCCAAGAAGCAGAUCACCAAGAAACGUGUCAUCAAGAAAAAGACCGGAAAGAAGGAACAAGUUACGGAGAUCGUCACUGUUCAAGAAGACGAUCAGCUACCACAGACGACUGUGACUGUCACUGAAUCUGAAGUGCCAUUCGAGGAAGCUGUCGAGUUCCAGCCUCACAAGUUCGCUCCUCAAGAAGCCGUAGUCCAAGAGCUUCCAGAGGAAGUCAAGGUGACUGAAAUCAUCACUGAGGAAGGCAAGCCCAAGAAGCAGAUCACCAAGAAACGUGUCAUCAAGAAAAAGACCGGAAAGAAGGAACAAGUUACGGAGAUCGUCACUGUUCAAGAAGACGAUCAGCUACCACAGACGACUGUGACUGUCACUGAAUCUGAAGUGCCAUUCGAGGAAGCUGUGGAGUUCCAGCCUCACAAGUUCGCUCCUCAAGAAGCCGUAGUCCAAGAGCUUCCAGAGGAAGUCAAGGUGACUGAAAUCAUCACUGAGGAAGGCAAGCCCAAGAAGCAGAUCACCAAGAAACGUGUCAUCAAGAAAAAGACCGGAAAGAAGGAACAAGUUACGGAGAUCGUCACUGUUCAAGAAGACGACCAGCUACCACAGACGACUGUGACUGUCACUGAAUCUGAAGUGCCAUUCGAGGAAGCUGUCGAGUUCCUGCCACACAAGUUUGCUCCUCAAGAAACCGUAGUCCAAGAGCUUCCAGAGGAAAUCAAGGUGACCGAAAUCAUCACUGAGGAAGGCAAGCCCAAGAAGCAGAUCACCAAGAAACGUGUCAUCAAGAAAAAGACCGGAAAGAAGGAACAAGUUACGGAGAUUGUCACUGUUCAAGAAGACGACCAGCUACCACAGACGACUGUGACUGUCACUGAAUCUGAAGUGCCAUUCGAGGAAGCUGUGGAGUUCCAGCCUCACAAGUUCGCUCCUCAAGAAGCCGUAGUCCAAGAGCUUCCAGAGGAAGUCAAGGUGACUGAAAUCAUCACUGAGGAAGGCAAGCCCAAGAAGCAGAUCACCAAGAAACGUGUCAUCAAGAAAAAGACCGGAAAGAAGGAACAAGUUACGGAGAUCGUCACUGUUCAAGAAGACGACCAGCUACCACAGAUGACUGUGACUGUCACUGAAUCUGAAGUGCCAUUCGAGGAAGCUGUCGAGUUCCAGCCUCACAAGUUCGCUCCUCAAGAAGCCGUAGUUCAAGAGCUUCCAGAGGAAGUCAAGGUGACCGAAAUCAUCACUGAGGAAGGCAAGCCCAAGAAGCAGAUCACCAAGAAACGUGUCAUCAAGAAAAAGACCGGAAAGAAGGAACAAGUUACGGAGAUCGUCACUGUUCAAGAAGACGACCAGCUACCAAAGACGACUGUGACUGUCACUGAAUCUGAAGUGCCAUUCGAGGAAGCUGUCGAGUUCCAGCCUAACAAGUUCGCUCCUCAAGAAGCCGUAGUCCAAGAGCUUCCAGAGGAAGUCAAGGUGACUGAAAUCAUCACUGAGGAAGGCCAGCCCAAGAAGCAGAUCACCAAGAAACGUGUCAUCAAGAAAAAGACCGGAAAGAAGGAACAAGUUACGGAGAUCGUCACUGUUCAAGAAGACGACCAGCUACCACAGACGACUGUUACUGUCACUGAAUCUGAAAUGCCAUUCGAGGAAGCUGUCGAGUUCCAGCCUCACAAGUUCGCUCCUCAAGAAGCCGUAGUCCAAGAGCUUCCAGAGGAAGUCAAGGUGACUGAAAUCAUCACUGAGGAAGGCCAACCCAAGAAGCAGAUCACCAAAAAACGUGUCAUCAAGAAAAAGACCGGAAAGAAGGAACAAGUUACGGAGAUCGUCACUGUUCAAGAAGACGACCAGCUACCAAAGACGACUGUGACUGUCACUGAAUCUGAAGUGCCAUUCGAGGAAGCUGUCGAGUUCCAGCCUAACAAGUUCGCUCCUCAAGAAGCCGUAGUCCAAGAGCUUCCAGAGGAAGUCAAGGUGACUGAAAUCAUCACUGAGGAAGGCCAGCCCAAGAAGCAGAUCACCAAGAAACGUGUCAUCAAGAAAAAGACCGGAAAGAAGGAACAAGUUACGGAGAUCGUCACUGUUCAAGAAGACGACCAGCUACCACAGACGACUGUUACUGUCACUGAAUCUGAAAUGCCAUUCGAGGAAGCUGUCGAGUUCCAGCCUCACAAGUUCGCUCCUCAAGAAGCCGUAGUCCAAGAGCUUCCAGAGGAAGUCAAGGUGACUGAAAUCAUCACUGAGGAAGGCCAACCCAAGAAGCAGAUCACCAAAAAACGUGUCAUCAAGAAAAAGACCGGAAAGAAGGAACAAGUUACGGAGAUCGUCACUGUUCAAGAAGACGACCAGCUACCACAGACGACUGUGACUGUCACUGAAUCUGAAGUGCCAUUCGAGGAAGCUGUCGAGUUCCAGCCUCACAAGAUCAUUCCUCAAGAAGCAGUAGUCCAAGAGCUUCCAGAGGAAGUCAAGGUGACUGAAAUCAUCACUGAGGAAGGCAAGCCCAAGAAGCAGAUCACCAAGAAACGUGUCAUCAAGAAAAAGACCGGAAAGAAGGAACAAGUUACGGAGAUCGUCACUGUUCAAGAAGACGACCAGCUACCACAGACGACUGUUACUGUUACUGAAUCUGAAGUGCCAUUCGAGGAAGCUGUCGAGUUCCAGCCUCACAAGAUCACUCCUCAAGAAGCCGUAGUCCAAGAGCUUCCAGAGGAAGUCAAGGUGACUGAAAUCAUCACUGAGGAAGGCCAACCCAAGAAGCAGAUCACCAAGAAACGUGUCAUCAAGAAAAAGACCGGAAAGAAGGAACAAGUUACGGAGAUCGUCACUGUUCAAGAAGACGACCAGCUACCACAGACGACUGUGACUGUCACUGAAUCUGAAGUGCCAUUCGAGGAAGCUGUCGAGUUCCAGCCUCACAAGUUCGCUCCUCAAGAAGUCGUAGUCCAAGAGCUUCCAGAGGAAGUCAAGGUGACUGAAAUCAUCACUGAGGAAGGCAAGCCCAAGAAGCAGAUCACCAAGAAACGUGUCAUCAAGAAAAAGACCGGAAAGAAGGAACAAGUUACGGAGAUCGUCACUGUUCAAGAAGACGACCAGCUACCACAGACGACUGUGACUGUCACUGAAUCUGAAGUGCCAUUCGAGGAAGCUGUCGAGUUCCAGCCUCACAAGAUCAUUCCUCAAGAAGCAGUAGUCCAAGAGCUUCCAGAGGAAGUCAAAUCUGAAAUCAUCACUGAGGAAGGCAAGCCCAAGAAGCAGAUCACCAAGAAACGUGUCAUCAAGAAAAAGACCGGAAAGAAGGAACAAGUUACGGAGAUCGUCACUGUUCAAGAAGACGACCAGCUACCACAGACGACUGUGACUGUCACUGAAUCUGAUGUACCCUUCGAGGAAGCUGUCGAGUUUCAGCCUGACAUGAUCGCUCCUCAAGAAGCCGUAGUCCAAGAGCUUCCAGAAGAAGUUAAGGUGACUGAAAUCAUAACUGAAGAGGGCAAGCCCAAGAAGCAGAUCACCCAGAAACGUGUCAUCAAGAAAAAGACAGGAAAGAAGGAACAAGUUACGGAGAUCGUCACUGUUCAAGAAGACGACCAGCUACCACAGACGACUGUGACUGUCACUGAAUCUGAAAUUCCGCAAAUCGAUGACAAAUUUUUGAAAGAAAUUUCUGAUGUUCCCACUCUCAGCUCAACAACACCUACACAAACACCCACACAUACACAAAACAUUUCAACUGAUACAUGUGAUGCUGACACACAAGAACAUACAAGUCCCAUAUUCGUCACUACAUUCGAAACAUGCACAGACAACAAACAAACAUACAUCAAGUCAAAAAAUAAAAAGGUUGUUAAAACAAAGGGUAUGGUUGUGGAAGAAACAUUAAGUGACGAGGAAAUCACAUUGAUUCCACAGCCACUAUCCGGAAUAUGUAUAGAGGAGGUCGAUGAGUCAUACAUGGAACCAGACUCUUCAACACCCUACAGUAUACAGACAGAACCCGAAGAAACAGCCACGAUAAGCCACGAACCUGAUACAAAACAUAAAAAAUCCACGAAGAAACAAACACACACACUCAUUCAAGAACAAAUCGAAGAGACUCCAAUAGAGCAAGUCGAGUCGCUUCAAGAAGAUGACACCACCGCAGAUGAUGUUCAAACCAAAGUUGAGAAAAUAAAACGCAGGGUUGUUAAAAAGAAAAAGGUCGACACUAGGGUAGAUAUUAGCGAAGCUACAACCUUUGAUGAUGGAUUUAUCGAGCCGUUGGUAACUGAUUUGACUACUGCCGAGGUUGCACAUGAAUGGGAUAUUCCGCAAGACAAUAUUAUGGAAUCUAUCCCAACUAUUGUGGAACUUCCAGAACAUAUUGUAGUUACAGAAAAUGAUGAGGGUAGAAAAACGGUCACCAAAAAACGUGUUAUAAAGAAGAAAUCCGCCAACAGAGAAGAACUGGUAGAGGUAGUUACGGUUCAGGAAGAGGACAAAGCUCCUGAAACAACAAUCACUGUAACGGAACAGGAAAGACCACAGCAGGAAGCAAGUUCUGAGGACAAACCGAAACUCAAAAAGAAGAAGAUUACAAAGACGAAAGUCACAGAUGAUACAGAUGAUAUCAUUGAAAGGCUUCUUAAUUUGGAGGUAGAGAAAACACAGUUGGAACAAUACGAACGCAUGGACUUUGAGUUGACCAAAAGACCAAAAACAACUGAAAAAAUAACCAUAGAAGAACAUCCAGAGGAAAUUACCACAGUGCAAACAACAGAAGGGGAAAUCAUUGUAAGAAAGAAGGUCGUUAAGAAAAAAAUCGGCGGAAAAACUGAAAUAAGAGAAACGGUUACGACUCAUAGAGAACGUGAAGAACCGCAAACUGUUGAAACAAUCACGGAAGAGUUCGCAGAGCAAUUUGAACCCAACCAGUUUGAGUCAGAAGAAGCUUCAGUCGUAGAAGAUGCGCCAGAACAUGUCGACAUCCAGGAGACAAUUACAAGGACUGGGGAAGUUAUUAGACGGAAAGUGUCAAAGAAAAAAUCUCAAAAGAAGACGCCUGAAACAACCACCAUUGUGGAUGAGGAAGCUGACGAGCUGCUGUUGAUACCGGUGCAGCCAGAGCAACCAGAGCAAAUUUUCAUCGAAGAGCUACCGGAGAAGGUGGAGGUUGUUGAAACUGUAAGCAUCGAGGGAAAACCUAAAAAGCAGGUCACAAAAACAAGGAUCAUCAAAAAACGUACAGGUGAUAAAGUAGAGGAGGUUCAGGUUGUUACCAUUCAACAAGACGACAAACCAACAGAGACUACGGUUACAUUGUCUGAAGAAACUGUGCCGAUUGAACAGAUAAGCAAUGAUGAGGUUUCAAAAUCAAAACCCAAAAAGAAGAAAAUCAAAACCGUGAAGAAAACAGGAGAAGAUACAGAUGACAUUAUCGAAAAACUGUUGAAUUUGGAAGUGAAGAAGACAGAGCUUGAAAAAUAUGAAAGAGUAGAAAUGGAGUUCAGAAGACCUUCGAAAAUUGCAGAAGAAUUCACUGUAGAUGCAAUGCAAGUGCAGCAAGCAAUUGUCGAAGAUCUGCCAGCAGAACAUACAAUUAAAAUUAUAACUGCAAUCGAGAAACCAAAAAAGGUUGUUACAAAAAAACAAGUUAUCAAGAAAAAGGUUGGCGAUCAAGAGCAAACCAUUGAAACCGUUACAGUGCAGGAAGAGGAUGAAACUCCACAAACUACUGUCACUGUCACGGAAGCUAUGCAGCCUGAGGAAUUCGAACCUGUGUAUCCAAAAGAAGCAACUAUUGAGCAGACAUCAGAACUGCAUGACGUUGUAGCCAAAUCAAUCAAAACUAAGAAGAAGGGAAAGAAACCAGUCGAACAAAUUGCCGAACCAGUGCAAGAACUAGAGUCGGAAAUUGAACCUCUCCCAACGGAACCAAUCCAGGUAGUUUUCGAAGAAAUGCCGGAAACGGUUGAGGUUAUAGAUAUAAUUACCGAAGCAGGAAAACCGAAAAAGCAAACAAAGAAAACUAAAGUAAUCAAGAAAAAGGUCGGUGAUGAGGUUGAAGAGAUACAAGUCGUUACGCUGCAAGAAGAUGACAAACCAGCUGAGACGACGAUUACUGUUACUGAAGAAAUAUAUGAGCCUGUUCUAUCUAAAGAGACUUCAUCAGAUACACCAAAACUGAGGAAAAAGAAAAUUAAAACUGUAAAGAAAAGCACGGAUGAUACUGAUGAUAUUAUCGAAAGAUUAUUGAAUCUAGAGGUAAAGAAAACAGAGUUGGAACAGUACGAAAAAAUCGAUGUCGAAUUUAAGCCACGUCGAAAAGCCAUCGAGGAAACAUCCGUUGAAGAAUUCCCAGAAACUGUGGUAAUUCAGCAAACCGAAGAAGGAACUGAAACUAAACAGACAGUUAAGCGAAAAGUGAUCAAGAAAAAGAUUGGCAGAAAAGAAGAAACAACUGAGGUUAUAACAGUACAAACUGGUGAAGCAGCACCAACAACUACUGUAACUGUUACUGAGCAAGAUAUACCUUUGGAGGAGAGCGAAAUAUUCUUCAGCGAACCCCAGGAACCGCAGGAAGCCGCUAUUAUCGAGCAAUUACCGGAAGAAGUAAAGGUGACGGAAAUUAUAACCGAGCAAGGAAAACCGAAAAAGCAGGUGACAAAGAAACGAACACUCAAGAAGAAAAUUGGCGAUAAGGUCGAAACAGUAGAGGUUACAACCAUACAGGAAGAUGGCAAAGAACCCGAGACAACGGUCACGAUUUCAGAACAAGAAGUGGAACCAGAAAUUCCAGAUAUUCGCGAAGUUGAUCAACUCAGCCCAGCACUUGUCAGUAAGUCAGUGGAAAAACCAAAAUCUAAAAAGAAAAAGGUUAAAAUAAUAAAGACUUCAGAUACAGCAGAUGACAUAAUCGAAAGAUUGCUAAAUCUGGAGGUGAAGAAAACAGAGUUAGAACAAUAUGAAAGAGUUGAUGUCGAGUUCAAGAAAAAACCGAAACAUGUUAAAGAGGAAACUAUUCAGCAACCGCUCUCUGAAACAGCAGAAGUAUCAGAAGUUACAAUUGCUACAUCAAAGAUUAAAAAGGUGAAAAAACCUGCCGAAAAGAAGGAAAUGCUAGAGCCCAGCGAAAAUAAAUUGGAAACUCCGAGUCUAGUUGAGAUUGAAAAACUUGGUCCGACGGAGGAAGUCGAGGAAGAGAGGCCGGUAAUACCAUCCGUUGUAGAGGAUAUCGCUAAACUACUUCCUUCUGAUACCGAAACCAAAAAAGUGAUAAGUAAGAAAAAGGUUACUAAAAGGAAACCAGCUGACGAACAAGCUCAGUCAACAGAAACAGAAACGCAAGAUAUUAUUUCUGAAGAAUCAGUUACAUUUGAUGAACCCGAAAAGACUCUAGAGGAGCCAGCAGCUGUAGAUGUACCGAGUUUCGAUGAAACUGUAACAGAAAUAACCAUUACUGAACCUCAAAAGCAAGAAGCAAUUAUUGAGGAAUACCAAGAAGAACACCUAACCUUCCAAGAGAAAUCUAUUAAACAGGAAAAGGAGAAAAUACAAGCAGAAGAGGCAGUUGAAUUGAAGAAAACUCAAAAGAAGAUCAAGAAAAAGGUCAAAAAGUCAGAACAAAAAGACGAAGAUGAGGAACUGGAGCGUUUACUUAAUCUUGAAAUAGAGAAAACUGAGUUAGAAACUUAUGAAAAGGUUGAACUAGAAGCUAAACCAAAACCAGAAAAGCAAAAACCAAAAUUAGAGCCGAUCAAAAUUGAGCGUCGAGACCAGAAACCAACUAAACUGCAAAUUACUGAACCGAUAGAAGCACCGCAAACAGUAAAACUUAGGAAAACAAAACGCCCAGAAAAGAAGGAAAUUGAAGAAACUGUAGUUCCAAAAGUUCUCCUGAGAAGCCGUAUCAUCAGAAUAGAAUUUCCUCCUGAGAUUAGACACCCGGAAAUCACAGAGCUGGUAACAAAGAAGGGAGUUGGUGAGCUGGCAAGAGCUGAUGAAGAAGAAGAAAAAAAUAAAUUGAAGAAGAUUAAGAAAAUUAAAACUUCAAAACACACUGAGCUGGAAUUAGAAAAACUAGAAAUGCCAGAAUUCGAUGCCGAUAAACCUCAAGUGCAGGACAUUCCUGAGGAAAAGGGCACAUACCAACGCAAACCAAAGGAUAAGGUCGAGGAAGUUCAUGAAGAAAAAACGAUCAAGUUAGGAAAAGGAAAGGUUAAAAUUGACGAGGCGGAAGAAGAAACUGUUAAACUGAAGAAAACUCCCAGGAAGCAGAAAGAAGAAACCUCGGAAGAUACAGACGCUGUGAAGAAGCCAAAACAAAAACCAGAAACGGUUGAUGUUGAAGCAAAGCAGAGGCAUAUAGAAAAACCAACGUUCGAACCAACUGAUAUACCGGAUGUAACAGUUGAGAUCGAAGAGUACCAAAGACCGUCCCCAGAACCGGUGGAACCGGAAGAGGAAACGCCUAAGAAAAAGAAACGUCAAAAGAAGCCCAAAGAGCCGGAAGAGCCCGAAAAGCUCGAGCGACCCCUCGUUAUGGGUAAAGGUAAAACUCCUGAUGAAGUUCCCGAAGAUGAUGUGAAGUUCAGAAUACCCUCAUCUAAGAAACCUGAAGAUGAGCCAGAACAAAUAAAACUGAAACCAAUUUCUAAGCCAACAAGGGAGCCGACCGACACUGAAAAUGAAGCGGAUCGUGAGAUGGGCCUUCCUACUUUUGCUGAAAAACCAGACGAACCGGAAGUAGAGGGUAUAACGCUUGAAAUCAAGAAGAAAAAGAUUAUCAAGAAGAAAACUCCCAAGCAAAAAUCAGAAGAUGAGCGAGUCGCUGAGCCAACAGUUGAAGAACCUGAAAAACUGGAAUCAGUAGUAACAACAGCUCCUCUAGAGAAUAUUCAAACAGUAUCACCUCAACAGGAACCUGAAGACAUUUGGCAAUCCAUUCAAGAAAUUCCAACGGAAGUGCAACUACCUGCAGAAGUGAUUGUUGAACAGUUACCAAUAGAAGAGAAACAACUAACAACUGUUGAUGGAAAUCAACAAAUCAUUACCAAGAAGGUUAUAAAAAAGAAACAAAAAAAUAAGGAAGAAAUCAUCGAAGUAGUAACUGUUCAGACCGGUGACCAGGCUCCUGAAACUACAGUUACUGUAAGCGAAAUAUCUCCUGAAGAACCGACCUUUGAAAGAGAUCUACCACAACAACCCAAAAUACGCGUUAAGAAAGUAAAAGUUCCCAGCAAAAAAGACGACAUCGACGAGAUUGUCCAAAAGUUGCUCGAACAAGAGAUCACAAAAACGGAACUCGAAAAAUAUGAAAAGUUUGACUUUGAACCUUCGCAAAAGCCCCAAGCCGAACCACAACAAGUCGAUACAGUUCAAAUCAAAAAACCAAAGAAAACAAAACAGAAAGAAGUCAAACAACAUGAAACUAUAUCACUAGAAACACCAACAGAUACAUCAGAAACCCUAGAAAUCAUGCCGAUUGAAACACAAACACCAGACACAUUACACACAUCCACUACCGAAGCACAACUGAGAAUUAGCGCCGACACAAUCGAAAUCAAAGAGGACGUAUUUGAGACGAAAGAACUCGUAACGGAAGCACCUGCAGCUGAGGAGGUUGCCCCGGUUGAGAUUGCAGAGGCUGCCGCCGAACAAUCUGUUGUCCAACAGAAGCCGACGCUGGAGGCCGCCCCUAAGGAAGAGUUGUUUGAACAACUCGUAGAGGAAACAUCUGUCGCUCCGGAUCUACCGCUCGACAGGGUGGAAAUCGAAGCCAUCGAAGUUCCCGACGAAAUCACUGGCAAGCUUUCGAUCCUUGACAAGCCAACAUUGACGGCAGCUGCCCGAGAGGAAACUUUCGAGCAACAGGUAGAAGAAACCGAUAAUGUGCCAUCUCUUUCACUGGAUGAGAUUGUGCCGACAGCUGUUGACGUUGCUGACCAGGCCACCGAGAAGCCCAACAUUCAAAGCAAACCACUGUUGGAAGCUGCUCCGGUUGAAGAACUUCUCGAUCUUCCCGCCGAGGAAGCUGACACUGUUGCAUCGCUGUCUCUGGAUGAGGUCCAGGUAGCGCCAGUCGACAUUUUGGACCAGGCCACCGAGAAGCCGUACAUUCAAAGCAAACCUCUGUUGGAAGCUGCCCCAGUUGAAGAACUUCUAGAUCUUCCAGCCGAGGAAGCUGACACUGUUGCAUCACUAUCUCUGGAUGAGGUCCAGGUAGCACCAGUCGACAUUUUGGACCAGGCCACCGAGAAACCUCAGAUAAGUCAAAAGCCAACGGUUACCGCAGCACCUGCCGAAGGAUUGUUUGAAGCGACAGCAGAAGAAACUGAAGCAGCACCGUCUUUGUCUUUGGACAAAGUACAAGUGGCUCCAGUUGAGGAAUCGCUUGCAGCACCAACCGAGCAAGUUAAGGUAACGCCGGUAGCGGAGGUGCAGGUCGCUCCGGAACCGAAAAAGGUCAAAAAGGUGACCAAGGUGAAAAAGACCAAAAAGUCCCUCGAUGAUGACGAAGAGCUACAACGAUUGCUUAACUUGGAAGUUGAGAAAACCGAGCUGGAGAUGUACGAAAAGGUUGACAUUGACGCCAAGCCGAAAGUGAAGCCGCAAAAGGGUGAGCUAGAGCAUCUAGAACCUAUCAAGAUAGAACGAAAAGAACAAAAACCAAUCAAACUUGAAAUCACAGACACACCAGAACCACAAACAGUAAAAUUGCGUAAAACCGUGUUGCCAGAGAAGAAAGAAAUCGAAGAGGUCACUGUCCCGAAGGUAUUACUGAAGAGUAGAAUUGAACAGGUUCAGUAUCCACCAGAGGCACAGAAGCCUCAAGUCGUCGAACUAGACAUCAAGCGUGGCGUGGGCGAGCUCACUAGAACCGAAGAAGAGGAAGACGAACGUGAGGUUAAGAAAAUCAAGAAGGUUAAGAUUAUUAAGAAAGAAAAGACCAAACUCGAAACUCUUGACAUCGAGAAAUUCGAAAAAGAGCCCACCGAAAUUGAAGAGAAGGAAGAAGAGAAACCGAAAUAUCAACGACAGGUGAAGGAAAAACCAGAGGACGAAACAGACGAGAGAACUCUUGUCCUAGGUAAGGGAAAGCUUAAGAAGGAUGAGGAAGAAAUCGAGCAAGUUAAACUGAAGAAAAUUCCAACAAAACCCAAAGAAGAAGAACAGGUCGAGGAAAAGCCCAAAAAGAAGAAGGAAGACAAGCCGGUUGAAGUCGAUGAGGUCAAGAAACAAAGGCAUGUAGAAAAACCAACCUUCACUCCUACCGACAUUCCUGACGUUGAAACGGAACUCGAGCCAUACGAAAAACCGGCUCCCGAGCCUAAAGAAAAGCCUACGAAGGAACCAAAGAAACCAAAGGUACCCAAGGAGCCGAAAGCACCCGAAGUACCAGAAGAGCCUGAACACAAAAUUGUGCUAGGUAAAGGAAAGCUUCCGGAGCCUGAACCAGAACCAGAGGUUAAGUUCCGUAUUCCAGUAGGCAAGAAGCCUGAAGAGGAACCAGAAGAAAUCAAACUCAAACCAUUCAAGAAACCAUCGCCAGAAAAGGAACCAACUGAGCGUGAUGCUGAUAGAGAAAUGGCUUUGCCAGCACCCAAAGAAUAUCCAGACGAGCCUGAAGCGGAUAUUACAAUCAAAAAGAAGAAAAAGAAGGUUCCAAAAGAACCUGAAGUACCAGCUCCAGUGGAAGAAGUUUCUGAACAGGUUCCAGUAAAGCCCGAAACAGUAAAGCCAAUCGAUGUAAUUCCGGAGACUCCCAAAGUUGAGGAACCGUUGCCGGAAGAGAAGGUAAAAAUAACGAAACCGCUUCCAGUUGAACAACCAACCGAAUCGGUUGUCCCGAAACCGGUGGAAGAGAUCACUGACGAGCUCCCAACUCAGAUACUACCAUCAGAAAAACCGACCGAGCUUGAAGUUGACAAACUGAAAGAAGCUGUAGUUGAACAACCGGAAAUACACGAGGUUAAGGAAGAAAAGACCAAGAAGGUCGUCAAGAAGGUGAAAAAGCCCAAAUCUAAGCCUGAAGAAGAUGACGCUCUUGAGCGGCUACUCAACCUAGAAAUUGAGAAAACCCCACUUGAGGUUUAUGAGAAGGUUGAUUUGGAGCCUAAGCCGAAGGAAAAGCCUACUCCAGAAGUCGUCCCAGUUGAAAUAGCCAAGCCAGAAGUGGUCGAAGAAAAACCUAAACCAAAACCAGAGCCCGAAGUCAAAAUUGCAGAAAUUGUUGAGCCUGAACCGACACCAGUUCUAGUGACAGAGGAAAAGCUCACAGAACAACCGACUACUGAAGAAGCUGUCCCAGCUGAAGUAACGGUGGAUUUGGUCAAGGUUGUUGAAAUAAAGCCUGUAGAAGUUAAACAGGACAUUCCCAAAGAAGAAGAAAAACCGAUUCCUUUGGAGCCCGAGCAACCUCAAAAGAAACCAAAAGAAAAGAAGAUCAUUAAAACGGUUGUCAAGAAACCUAAGAAGGCCUCAAUUGAUGACGAUGAACAACUACAGAGACUGCUGAAUCUUGAAAUUGAGAAAACCGAACUUGAGCAAUAUGAAAAGAUCGACGUUGACUUUGCCAAGAAAACUAAAACCGUCGAAGAAGUGGAAGUUGUACAAAAGCCGCAAAAACCAGAGAUUGAAGAAGUUCUUGAAGAAGUCGUGUUGAAACCAAAACCAAAAGAAAAGGUUGUUAAACCAGUCGAAGAAGAGGUAGAAGUUGCUUUCAAGAUCCAAAGGAAACCAAAACUCGAAGAUGAGCCUCAGGAGGUUGAAGAAAAGAUCACUCUUAAACCUACUCCACAAAAACCAGAAGAAACGGUGUCGGUUGAAAGAAUCAUCAAAAUUGAAGUUGAACGUUCCGAGCCAGUUACGAUCGAGCCUGUUAUUGAGGAAGCGGAAGAUAUAACAGUUGAGAGAGAAGAUAUUCCGACUUUUGAACCGCUUGUUGAAGAACCAGUGGAUGAGGUUAUUGCUCCCGAAGAAGUCGUACCAAUACAGCCAAUCGAAGAGGAAAUUUCAGAAGCAGUACCCAUCAUCGAGGACGCUGUCAUCGAAGUUCCGUCGGAAGAGAUUGUACAGGUGGUAGAGUCUGUCCCAAUUGAACCAAUUGUUGAAGAACCAACACCAGUUGUCCCGGCUCGCAAGAAGUCUAUCAAACCAGAACCGGCCCCUGCUCCUGUUGCCGUGGAAGAGAAACCUAAGGAAAAGCCCAAAAAGAAGACAGUAGUCAAAAAGAAGAAGCCAAGUCUGGAUGAUGACGCAGAACUUCAAAGACUUUUGAAUCUAGAGAUUGAAAAAACGGAACUGGAGCAAUAUGAAAAGGUUGAUGUUGACUUCCGCAAGCGCGAGAAGGUCCGUGUUGUUGAUCAACCGAAACCGCAACAGGGAGUCGAAUCCACGGUAGAACCCGAGGAAACAGUUCAACUUAAACCGAGGAAGAAGAGUAUUAAGCCUCAAGUAGAGACGAUUGAGGAAACAGAAGUCGCGUUUAAAUUGAAGCCUAAGAAAAAACCGGAGCCGGAAGAAGCGGUACAGGAUGCAACUGUGACCUUGAGGAAAGAAAAACCAAAGGUGGUCGAAGAGACUGCCGUAGAGGAAAUAAUUACACUUCGACCAGUAGCACCGAAACCAGAAGAUGUAGAAGAUGUCGAAGAAGUUGUCAGGCUAAAAUCUGAACCACAGCCAACCACUUACGACGAAGCGGAAGCAUCGCUGGAGAUAAUUCGCGAGGCGCCUCAGGAAGAGGUGAAACCUGUAGAACCAAAGAAGGUUGAAAAGCCGAAAGUGAAAAAGGUGGUCAAGAAAAAGAAAGAAGAUGACGUUGAUGAAAUCACGAGAAAGUUGUUGGAAAUGGACAUUCCAAAAACGGAACUUGAGAAAUAUGAAAAGAUCGACAUCGACAUCACCAAGAAACCCAAAGAAUCGGUCGAGGAUGUUGUUGUUUCCAAGCGAAAGCCUAAACCAGUAGUUCAGGAAGAGGAGGAAGUAGAAGUUACUCAACAGUUGAAGCUUCGUAAAAAGCCCGAAGUUGCUCCCGAGCCUGAAGAAGCUGAGGCUACCUUCAAGGUUGCAAAGAAACCUGAACCCCGACCUGAGCCGGAGGAUGUUGAGGCAUCGCUAACUAUUACAAAAGAACAGGAAGUUGAAGCUCCGAAAGAAGAAAUUUCAGAGCACGUCGUCAUUCGUAAGCAGCGUCCUCGGCCUAAGCCAGCCUUCCGUAGGGAAGUUCUGGACGAGGAGGAAGUACGCAUCAAGAAGAUCAAGAAGGUACGACAGCCACGACCAGUGUUUAAAGAUGUCGAACCAGAAACCGUUACCUUCCAACCAAGACGUACCAAACACAUUGAGGACAUUGAACAAGAGUUUAAGAUCCAGCUGGAUUCGUAUGCCAGGGAGGAGAUUUCCAUGACCGGUCGGGUGAAACUACCGGCGCCGUACAGUUACGGAGAAGAAACGGGCGAAGCGCACAUAACCAUCAUCAAGGAAGUGGGCGAUGACGAUGAGGUUGUGUACGAAGUGAUCUACAGCGACAGUGAGGUCGACGUUCAAGACGAUUAUGAUAGGUAUGACGAAGAUUCAGAAAAUGUGGUCUUUGAGCUUCGCAAACGCCGAGAAAAGCUUGAGGGUCUCAUCGUUCAUCAUGAGGAGGAAAUUUCUAUCAACCUGGCGCGUCGCAAAUCACAAGUCACACACGAAGAAGAAUCAUUCACACUGAAACAACAAAAGAAGUCUCUGGCUACAUACUCUGAAGAAACUGCUUCACUGAAGAUUGUUCGAGAAGAAGAGGCAAUCGAGAUGUACUGUAUUCAGUCGGUUGAAGCAGAAAACGAAGAAGCGCUUCAUAUGGUUGAAGGUGAAAAGGUGUACGUUAUUGAUCGUACCAACUCCGAGUGGUGGUUCGUGAAGCGAUCCUGGAGCGAGGAACGCGGAUUCGUUCGUCGUGAGUUGCUCAUGGACGCCGUCACCUAUCCGCAGUACGUACAGAAGACCUUGAACGAAAAGAUCGACAAGCUGCCCGUUUUCGAGAAGCCCGGACCGAGCGAGAAGCCACAAGCUCCGAAAAUCAUCGAAAAGCUUCAGCCCAUCGGCACUCAGGAUGGUUACACGGUUCAGUUCGAAUGUAAGGUCGAAGGAUAUCCGAGACCGCAGAUCACCUGGUUCCGACAGACUGCCGUGAUCAAGACCUCACAGGACUUCCAGAUUUACUACGAUGACGACAACGUAGCUACGCUGAUCAUUCGUGAAGUGUUCCCAGAGGACGCUGGCACGUUCACAUGUGUGGCUAAGAACAUUGCCGGAUUUGCAGCCAGCACUACCGAAUUGACGGUUGAUUCGCUCACUUCGGAUCACGGUUCCGAGGUGGCAACGCUGUCCAGAAAGAGUAUGUCCCGCGAAUCUUCGUUGGCCGAUAUUCUAGAAGGUAUCCCACCGACCUUCUCUCGUAAACCCAAGGCACAGUAUGUUGACGCUGGAUCGGAUGUUUUGUUGGAAUGUCGUCUUGUCGCUAUUCCCGAACCCGAUAUCCAGUGGUUCUACAAUGGAACCGAAAUCAAGAGCAAAGAUAACAUGCAAGUUGUGGUUGAGUCCGAUAUGCACAUGUAUUGUACCGUGGUUCACAUCCAAGGAAUUGAGAAACAACAAGAAGGUUCAUACCAGGUGAUUGCUCGCAAUCGUGAGGGUGAAUCAGCAUUGGACAUUACCGUAAAGGUGAAGACCGGCGUGGACGAGCCACCACAAAUUUUGGAACCACUCAAGAGUAUGAGCAUUCGUCAAGGUGAAACGGUCAUGCUGACAACGCAGAUCGUCGGUAAUCCUACGCCCGAAGUUCAGUGGUACAAGAAUGGAAAAGCACUCACAACUCCCACGCAGGUCGACAAGAACAUGUAUACGGUCACACUGCUUUCUCCAACUCACGAAAACGCUGGUGAAUACACGGUCAAGGCAAAGAACGCCGCCGGUACUGUUGAAACAACUGCAUCCCUCACAGUGGACGAAUCCAACCUAGGAAAUCCGCAGGCUCCACUGUUUUUGGAACGAUUCGAAGAACAGAGUGUUACUCAAGGUGGCAUCAUCAAACUGCCAGCUAAGGUUUCAGGAAAUCCCGUGCCGGAGAUUUUGUGGCUGCGUAACAACAACACACUGCUGCCCUCGAAGAAGAUCAAACAGGCAUACGAUGGCAAGAACAUUGAGCUUACCAUUACGAAUGCCGACUCCGAGCAGGACACCGGAAACUACAAGUGUAUCGCUUCCAACACGGUUGGCAAGGCUUCACACGGAGCUCGCGUAACCGUUGAAGUCGAUAAGGUCACGUUCGUGAAGAAGCUGAAGAAGACGGUCACCGUUGAGGAGAGCAAGCCGGUCACGCUUGAGUGUGAAACAUCGCAUACGGUUUCCACCAAAUGGUUCCACAACGGAAAGGAAAUGAGCGGAAUGGAUCAUCGUGUGAUCGUUCAGGAAGGAAAGGUCCACAAGUUGGUCAUCAAGAAUCCAACGAUCAAGGACACCGGUGUGUACAAGUGCACCGUGAAGGAUCAGACAACGGAAUGCAGCCUGACCGUUCUUGAAGCCAAGCCAGAAUUCUUGCGCAAAUUGGAAGACGUGGAAACCAAGGAAAAGCAGAACGCCGUACUUGAGGUUGAAAUUUCUUCGGAAACUGCCGAUGUCACAUGGUACAAGGAGGGCAAGAAGAUUGUAGAACAGAAGGGCAAGUACGAAUUCAGCAAGAAGGGUAAAACUCGUAGCUUGUUUGUGCGCAGUACUUCGGUGCACGAUGAAGGUGAAUACACUUGCACUCUGGCUGAUCAAGAAUGUACUGCUGAGGUGGUGGUCAUUGAACUCCCACCAGAAAUUAUUACUCCAUUGAAGGAUGUAACCGUUGCACGUGGAGAGAAUGCCGUCUUCGAGAUCGAACUAACGAAAGGAGACGCUUUGGUCCGUUGGUACAGAAAUGAAACGGAGCUCUCGUUCAACGGUCAUUACCAGUUGACCAUCGAUGGUAAACGACAAACUCUUAAGAUUAACAAAACUGUCGAUGAUGAUUCCGGUGUAUACAAAUGCGUUGUCGGCGAUCAGCUGGCCACGGCUCGUCUAACUGUUGAAAAGCCACUGGUUGACUUCGUCAAGCGUCUACCGGAGGUAACGAUCGCUACCAAAGAAACCGAUGCGGUGUUUAUCGUUGAGUUGUCUGAGUCUGCCGAAGUGAAAUGGUUCAAGAACAACAAGCAGAUUAAGGCAUCCAGCAAGUACGAGCUGAUCAGCGAGCAGAACGUCCGAAAACUGGUUGUGAAAAACGCUACCGAAGAUGAUGAGGAGGAGUACACGUGCACGAUCGCCAACGUCAAGACUUCGUCGAAAUUGAAGGUCGAGAUCAUCAAGGUGGCCCCGACCAUCUUCGACGAUACCCGUACGUACACGAUCCGCAAGGAAGAGGACGUCACGUUCAACGUAAAGUUCAACGCCACACCGAAGCCCGAAGCCGAGUGGUACGUCAACGAGAAGCUGAUUAUUCCGUCGCCCCGGUACGUGUCCAAGGUGGGUGAAGAGACCGCCAGCUUGACCAUCCGAAAGGUUGUCGAAAGCGACGCGGGAGAAUACACCGUUCGGCUGGCGAACGAGUGCGGCGAUGCGAGCGCGUCCUUCACGCUGAUUGUCAAGAAACAACCAGCUGCACCAGAAGCUCCGGAAGCUACUCGAAUCACCGACGACUCGAUCACGCUGUUCUGGAAGUCACCUGAGGAUAAUGGAAACAGUACAAUCACCGAAUACAUUCUGGAGUAUCAAGAAAAGAGCAAGAAGAAAUGGACCGAGAUUACCAACAUCACCGAGACAACUACGACAGUCACGAAGCUAACGAAGAAUUCCGAAUACACAUUCCGGGUAACUGCUGUCAACGAAAUUGGCAAGGGACCGGCAUCGCCGAAUUCACCAUACUACAAGAUUGCCGCUCCCAUCCAGAAGGAAGCUCCGGUCGUCAGUGAGCAUCUGAAGGACGUUUCCAUUGGUUUGGAUCAGACGAUCACGCUGACCUGCGUCGUCAACGGGGUACCAACUCCUGAAGUGACGUGGUAUCGCAACGGAACGGUGCUGAAGGAGCGCACUAUUACGUACGAGAAUGGCGCUGCCAAGUACGUCGUUAAGAAAACUACUACUGAGACGAGUGGUACUUACGUGUGUAAGGCUACGAACGAAGUCGGAAGUGUAGAGAGCAGCUGCCGUGUGGUGAUCGAGGAGAAGCCUACAAUUACCGUCGAUAAGAAGCUGAUUGUGCAGAAGUUGCGUGUCGGUGACGAGUACACUGUAGUUGCGAACAUCACCGGAUUCCCUGUGCCGGAUAUUCUGUGGUAUCGCGAGGAUGAAAUCAUUGCUUCUACUGCUGAACAUCGCAUCGAAACUACGACGAGCACUUCGACUAUCAAGUUUGCGUCGCUGGAUCGUACAGAUAGUGGAAAAUACAUUGUCGAAGCGGUGAAUUCCGCCGGAUCAACCAGUGUGGAAUUGCAGCUGAAGGUGAUCGACAAACCAAGCAAACCGGAAGGACCGAUCGUCGUGAAGGAGCUUAGUCCGGAGGCAGUUGUGAUCGAGUGGAAACCACCGGCGGACGAUGGUGGUCUGGAGAUUUCCCAGUACUCGAUCGAGAAAUGUGACGAUACUAAUAAGAACGCUUGGAUUAAGGUUGCCGAUGUGCAGAGGAACAUCAAGUCGUACUGCAUCCAGAAGUUGCUCGACUCAACCCAGUAUCACUUCCGUGUGAUCGCUCAGAACCCGAUCGGUUGUUCGGAGCCACUGGAGAGUGCUACUAUUACCGUGCAGGCCGUGAUGGAACCUCCAUCGCCUCCGCGAGGCCCGAUCGAGACUUCGGGAAUGACAAGCACGUCGUUCGAACUCAUGUGGCAGCCGUCGGAGAACAAUGGAGGCAGCAAGAUCACCGAGUACAUCGUUGAGUUCAAGGAAUCGAAGAAGAAGGUUUGGAAGGUCAUUGGAACCACCAACGGUAACGAGACCUCACUGCUGAUCGAGAACCUGACGGCAAACCGUGCUUACGACUUUAAGAUUUACGCCAAGAACAAAAUCGGAACAAGCGAGGCGUUGCAGACGGAAGAGUCGAUCGUUGCCGGAAGAGAAAUCACACCACCCUCAGCGCCACGUAACCUGCGUAUCGUCAACGUGACCAGCAAGAGCGUCAAACUCGAGUGGGAGCAGCCGGAAACGAACGGCGGCUCGGAGGUGACCGGUUACGUGGUCGAAAAACGGCUCACCACUGCCCAGCAGUGGACCAAGAUUAAAACACUGGACGCCAACUGUCUCAGUUACAGCGUCGACAACCUGAAGGAAAAGUCUGAACUCGUGUUCCGGGUAUUCGCCGAGAACGCGAUCGGCCUGAGUUCGCCCGCGACCUCAGACACCUACUGAUUGCGUGUUUGCGUUUCUUUCACAGCGGUACCAUCGCCACCCACGGGACCCCUGGAGGUGCGUUACCUGGGUCCCAACAUCAACAUUGUCGAGUGGGGUAUUCCGGAAUCCGAUGGUGGUGCACCGUUGGAGGGCUACAGUAUCGUCAUCCGCAACGUUAAGAAGACCAUGUGGAUGGAGGUUGGCCACGUGGCCGCCGACUGCCAGUCGUUCAACAUCAAGGAUCUGGCCGAGGAAGAGGAGUAUCUGAUCCGAAUUCUGGCCCACAACGAGGUCGGCGCCAGUGACCCGCUGGAGUCGGACGAGCCGUACAAGGUUCUGCCGGGAGGUGCCCCGGAGGAUACCCACGACGAGACGACUCGCGACUUUUCGGAACCGACGGCGACCAACACCUCGUCUUGGCUGAGGGAACACAACAUGACCGCGGACAUCCACAGCUACGCCCGGCACAAGCUGCUCCGGCGCGGCGAGUACUUCUUCAAGCUGUGGUUCAACGCGAAGAACCUGUUCAAGUAAAACAUCCCGCGCGAACAAUUCCUAGAACUUCAACUAGCUCAAGAGUUUUUUUUUACUACGUAAAUACAAGAGAAGAGAGACAGAUGUGUAUAUCUAGCAGAAAACACGCCAAUAUUUUAGCCUAAUAAGACGAAUUUGUACAGAAAAAAAACACGGUUUGAAAUUGUAUGUAAAUGUUACCCCCAUAAAUUUCAAGAAUCGUCGCACUAAACCCACGCAAUGCAUACGACUACGAUUUGUUUCAUGUAACUGUGAUACAGAAAGAGAUUUUUAAAAAUAUGUAGAAAAAUGUCGAUGCCACGCAAGAGCAAGCAUUGCAGUCACACAAAACACAACAACGAAAGAGUUUCACAAAUCUACGACGAAGUUCGAGCGAUUCCUCGGAAAAGCUCGACACCUUACACUAGAGUUCUGCUGAAGUUUCAGAGAACCAGCGAAUUAUUUAUACUAUGUUUAGUUAGUAAUGUUACACUGUUGUUGUACGGAGAAAGGAUGAAGAAAACACAUGCAAGAUUCGUAACAGUUUGGGAUUCUGCGGAACGGAUCUCUCCGGUCAUCGAUCGGUCGCAGGUCAACGAAGCUUUCCCGGGGGACAAUAAAAAUAUAGGUGCGUAUAUUGAUCCGUCCCGGGCCCGGCGCGAUCGGCUUCCGGAGGGGACGACUGCUGGCAGAAAGUUCCCGCAAUCUGAGAGUACUGUUUACGCCAAAUUUUAAUUUAUUUGAACUAUAGCCAAACGACUUUUUGUUUACCGUAGUGUGUUUUAAAGAAAUAAAUUGAAUGCAAACAAAACA